GACGCCGAAGCUGGCCAGUCUACCUGUGUAGUGCGGGGAGGGAGCAUGUGCUGUGUAUGUCCGUAUGGCCAUAUUCAUUAAUCAUGAAUUCUGCAAUGAGAUAGCAGUGCUUAACGUAGUAGAUGCAGGGAUAGUGUCCCUAUGAGUGUGUGGGCCAGGAAAAUGACCUCAAAUAAGUUCGGGAGCGGUUGAGAUUGGUAAAAGUGCGCCCAAAAUCGUCAGAGCAGUGAUAUUUGCCCUCGGGGCUCCCGUGGUUGUUUUUUUUCCGUUUUUAUUAUUUAGUAAGAAGUACAAGGCAACUAAUACAUCACAAUGGAUUACCGUACAAGAAGUAGUUUAACGCUCUACAUCUGCAUCAUCUCGACAAUGAUAACGAAGGUGUGGAGCGCGGACGUGGUGAUCCAGAUCCCGCCCGAGCGAGUGCGGGACCAGGACGGCUACUACCGCUUGGACUACUGGCCGCCGCAGGGCAUCCCUCAACCCAACACCACCUUCACGCCCUCGCAGGUCGUGGCGGGCGUCAAGCUCACGCGGGCGCUCCCCGGCACCAAGUACGACUUUCAGCUCUACUACACCAACGCCACCAUCAACGACUACCCCACCUGGACGGCCUCCAUCACCACAGUGCCGAAGCCGCCCACCAACCUGACCAUUCCCAGCAAGAAGGGCAAGAUGGUGUCCGUGACGUGGGACCCUCCCGUGAUCGGCGAGUACUCCGGCUUCAAGCUAAAGGUCAUCCCCCUGUCGGAGCCGCAGAACAGCAACAAGAUCAUCAUCAUCACCGAGAGCCAGCUCCCCUUCCAGAUGCGGGAGCUCACGCCCGGCGCCUCGUACGAGCUGCAGCUCUUCACCGUCUAUGAAAACAAGGAGAGCGCCGCCUACGUGGCCACCAACUUCACCACGCGUCCCAACGCCCCGGGCCGGUUCAUCGUGUGGUACAGGAACGAGACCACCAUGCUGGUGCUGUGGCAGCCGCCAUACCCGGCCGGGAUUUACUCUCACUACCGGGUGAGCAUCGACCCCAGCGACGCUGCCGACAGUGUCCUGAGCGUGAAGAAGGAGGGCGAGCCGCCCGGCCCCGCCCAGGCCGCCUUCCACGACCUCGUCCCAGGUCGCGCGUACAACAUCACGGUGGAGACGGUGAGUCAGGACCAGAUCUCGGAGCCCACCACGGCCGAGUACCGCACCGCCAAACCCAGUAAGAGGAAUUACUCCAAUUCUUGAUUCUCAGAAUAUUACCUUUGAAUGGCCUAGACCAGAAGGCCGAAUUGAUUUAUAUACUAUUAUUUGGUGGAAUGAUGCUACUCCAGAUAGAAAGAAAUCCAAAGAAAUUCCAGGGACCCAAGCAACUGAAGGCAUAGAGAGGAAGUUGACCAUUUUGAUUGGUGAGCUGAGGCCUGGAGAGCUGUACCAUUUCCAGGUUUAUACCACAGCUCAUGAAGUGAACAGCAAGGUUGCAGAACUCUCUAGCAGAACAAUGCCUGUCAUCACAUCAGAUAUAACUAUUGUGAAUCAGCUAGAAACCAGGUCAUUCACUAUCAGGUAUACUCCAACGCCACGCUCUGUUGCAACUUUUGACACCUACAGAUUCAUGCUGUCUGAUCCAUCUAUACCCGUUAAGGAGAAAUCAGCAGUUGAUGAUGAUCGUAAGAUAAUAUUCAAUGGACUAGUGCCAGGUCGUUUGUAUAACAUCACAGCUUGGACAGUAUCAGGUGGUGUAACUAGCCAGCCACUCAUACGUCAAGAUCGACUGUAUCCUGAACCUGUUUCAAACAUCAGUGCUUCAUACAUAUCAGAUACUGAAAUUACUUUAUCAUGGAAUAAACCAAAUGGAGAUUAUGAUUCAUUUGAGGUGCAAUAUCUCCGUGAUAAUGAGCUCUUUACCAAUAGCACAAAGCAGGAUUCCAUUACCAUCACGAGAUUGCGACCACAUCGCAAUUAUACUUUUACUGUCCUUACUAGAGCUGGAAGUACUAGGAAGUCAAAACCUGUGUCUGCAGCAUUUACAACAAGUGAAAGCACUCCUGGGAAGGUUGAUGAAUUUGAACCAAUUGAAAUAAAACCAGACCAAGUCACAUUUAGGUGGUCAUUGCCCCCUGAUGAGCAAAAUGGUGUUCUUUUAGGCUUCAACAUUAAAUAUGGAAUCAAGGAUACUGCUCCGACAAAUGAAAGACAUUUUGAGCCUGAUGAACUGAUUGGUGUAAUCCCAAAUCUCAUCCCUGGGAAAACUUACUCCUUCCAAAUAGAGGCCACGACAAAGAUUGGUUCUGGACGCAUAAAGUAUUGGGAAGGAACCAUGCCAGUUUGGCCUCCUCCUCAACCAGGCAUUCAGGUUUUCCCAACAGAAGUAUCCCGUACCUCAACUUCUAUUCGUAUUCGUUACCGGAAAAAUUACUUUUCCAACCAAAAUGGGCAAGUUAUUGGAUACACCAUUGUUGUUGCAGAAGAUUAUUCCAAGAAAUCAGAAGGGCUUGAGUUGCCUGCCUGGCAAGAUGUUCAGAGCUAUAAAUUCUGGCCUCCAUAUCAGGUUACAGAAAUGUACUAUCCAUUUAACAAAUCAUCAGUGGAAGAUUUUAGUAUUGGCAUUGAGGAGGACUGUGAUACUCGUGCUGAUUAUUGUAAUGGACCACUUAAACCAGGAACUACGUACAAGGUUAAAAUACGAGCUUAUACAGAAAGAACUAAGUUUGCUGAUACACACUUCAGUCAUUCAAUUACAACAGAUUCAGAGAGUGGGAAUGUUGGAUUAGCAGUGGCAAUCCCAGUCCUCCUCCUGGUGUUGAUUGUAGUGAUGGUGAUGAUCAUAAGACGACGAAGAGCUUGUGGAUUCACAAAAAGGGCUCCAGAUCCAGGCAGUGACAUGCAUUCGCUUCCAGAUUCUAUAAUAGAAACAAGCCGUCCAGUGAAGUUGCAAGACUUCGUAGCACAUUACAGAUUUAUGUCUGCAGACUCAGAGUACCACUUCUCAGAAGAAUAUGAAGCGCUCAGUCAUGUUGGAUGUGAUCUCCAGCGCAAUGCUGCGUAUAUGUCUGUCAAUCGCCCAAAGAAUCGUUUCACAAAUAUUUUGCCUUAUGACCAUUCUCGCUUCAAAUUGCAACCAACAGAUGAUGAAGAGGGGUCUGAUUAUGUCAAUGCAAAUUAUGUACCAGGUUAUAAUUCUCCAAGAGAGUUCAUAGUGAGCCAAGGUCCUCUUCUGUCCACCCGGGAUGAUUUCUGGAGAAUGUGUUGGGAAAGUAAUUCCCGUGCUAUUGUGAUGUUGACACGCUGUAUAGAAAAGGGUCGUGAAAAAUGUGACCAUUACUGGCCCUAUAAUACACAACCUGUUCGUUACGGAGAUAUUCAAGUGACUAUCCUCAACGAGAGUCGUUUCCCAGACUGGACCAUCUCGGAAUUCAGAGUUUGCAAGGGAGAUGUUUGUCGAGUGGUUCGGCACUUCCACUUCACAACCUGGCCAGAUUUCGGUGUCCCUGACCCACCACAAACACUGGUCAGAUUUGUACGAGCUUUCAGAGAAAGAGUUGGUCCAGAUCAGAAGCCAAUUGUUGUGCACUGCAGUGCUGGUGUUGGGAGAUCUGGAACUUUCAUUGCCUUGGACAGGAUAUUAUUCAGCAUUCGCACAUCUGACUAUGUGGAUAUAUUUGGUAUUGUAUACGAGAUGAGGCGAGAAAGAGUAUCUAUGGUACAAACUGAGCAGCAGUAUAUAUGCAUCCACCAGUGCCUUCUAGCUGUUCUAGAAGGAAGAGAAAAUGAACACCCAGUACAUGAAAUUCAUGAUAAUCAGGGUUAUGAAGAUGAUGAAGGGAUAGUGGAGUCGGGUAUGUGACAGGAGGUGUAUGGGUUGCAACCACUUGCAACCUAUACUAAAUAUGGAAAUGACAUGAGUAUUGGACCAGACAGGCCUUGAAAACUUGUCAGAAGAAAAAAGACUUAAAGAAUAUGAGGAAAAUCGAAUUUUUUAUAAAGAUAAUUUUAACUACUUCAACUCGAGUACCGUAUCAGAAAAAAAAAAUUACAUUUUUUUCUGUUAUGUUUAUGAUUUAGAUCUUCAUGGUUAAAUGUCUGUAAUUAAUUUACCAUUAUUGAAGUGCUCUAUGUAGAGUGAUGUAAUUUGUUUGGAUAGUUCUUAAUAGGAACUAAUAGGCUAAAUUAUCAUUUAGCUGAACUGAAGAUUGGUUUAUAAUUUUAAAAAUUCACAUAUUAUUGAAAAUGAACAGUAUAUCAAUAACCCCUAUGUAAAUAGUGAAAAGGCUUUUAUAUGUAACUGGAAUUCAGUAUAGUCAUAUUUGUUAAUGUAUAAUGUGCAAUUUGAUGUCAGUGAAAAGAAAUGUAACCAUAGCAAGUAAAACAAGUGCCAUUACAUUUGGGAGAAAGCAAGAGGUAAUGAUUCCGUCCUCAAAUAUAUAAUUUUAUUCCUUUCACAUAAUUGUAAAAAGCACCUUCUGACAUUCUUUCUCUCCUUCAUCUUUUGACUCUUUUUUUAUGAUAAUGAAAUGUGUGCAAAUAAAUCAUGGCAUUAUUGUUGUGGAUAAUACCAUUUUUAUAUGUAAAUGAAAUGUUGCACACAGUGCCCAUGUGACUACAGGUGAUGUAGAGUAGCUUCAGAUUGUAUAUGUAUUAACUUAUUGUUUGUUUUUGUAAAUAUAUUAUAACUAUUUUUCUAAGUUUAUACUGCAUAUUGAAACCAUUCAUGUAAAAUGAGGGUUUGAUACUGGGGCCACAGAAUGAUGUAAAAGAUAUGGAUUAUGGUUUUAUGGAUGUUAUUGUAUAGGUUUUUUAGGACUUUGUUAUGACUGUCCUCUUAUGAAAGCUGAACAUUUCAUGUAAGUAAAAUCAGCUGUGUUAGAGGAUUCUGUUAGGGUUCACAUGUGUAAAAUCAGUCAUAAGUAAGUGAUUGACGUACAAGAGUAUUUGUUAAUAUUUUCUAACAUGGGAAAUAGAUCUGUGUAUUCUAUUUUUGUCAAAUCAUUAAAUACUCUAUCAGUG